AUGGAAACCCCAUUGCAGCUGCAGAACGAUUUCUUCCCACAGCAGCAGCAGCUCCAGCACUGUAAGUACCAGCACUACUGCGGGCGCGAGGAUCGCCUCGGUAAGCAGCACGAGCAGCAGCAGCAGCAGCAGCACGAGCACUGCUGCACCUGCAAUAACUGCACCUGUGAGGCGAGGAAAAGCCUCGUCUUUCGCGGGACGUCGCCGACCACUGUGGGAACUUUAAGGACACCUUCGGAAACGUCUUCGAGGCAAGGUUGCCAGUACAGCGUCUGCGAGUUCACACCCUCUAGUCAUGGUAGUUCAACCAGGAAUCAUCAUCAUCCUCACCAUCAGCAGCAGCAGCAGCAGUGCCGCGGUCGGCAGCGGGGCAGCCUGGGCAGCAGCCACAAAGACAGUAACUCCUACAAUGAAAUAGCCAUGAGCAGCUGCAGAUACAACGGCGGCGUAAUGCGGCCGCUGAGCAACUUGAGCUCGUCCCGCAGAAACAUACACGAGUUUGAUUCCGAGUCCCAGCCUUUGCAGCCCAUCUCCGCCGCAGAUGCGUCGGACACUUUAGUAUCCAAGCCGGAGAAUAAUUCCACCACCCUGAUGCCUUACGCAUCGGGGGACGGAGGGGGAGGCUGCGGCCACAGCGGCGGCAAAUCGGGGAAAAAGAAAAACCAGAACAUUGGGGAAAAGCUCGGGCACAGGAGGGCCUUGUUUGAGAAGAGGAAACGGCUCAGCGACUAUGCUUUAAUCUUUGGGAUGUUUGGGAUCGUUGUUAUGGUUAUAGAGACUGAACUCUCAUGGGGAGCCUAUGGAAAGGAGUCCCUGUAUUCAUUAGCUCUAAAAUGCCUGAUAAGCCUUUCUACAAUCAUUCUCCUGGGGCUGAUUAUCAUAUACCAUGCGAGAGAGAUACAGUUAUUUAUGGUGGACAACGCAGCCGAUGACUGGAGGAUAGCCAUGACAUAUGAGCGCAUCUUCUUCAUCUGCCUGGAGAUCCUGGUGUGUGCGAUCCACCCCAUCCCAGGGAACUACACCUUUACCUGGACGGCGCGCCUGGCCUACUCCUAUGUGCCAUCCAAAACAGAUGCAGACGUGGACAUCAUCCUGUCCAUUCCCAUGUUCCUGCGGCUGUACCUCAUCGCUCGUGUCAUGCUGCUACACAGCAAGCUCUUCACGGACGCCUCGUCCCGUAGCAUUGGGGCUCUCAACAAGAUUAACUUCAACACACGCUUUGUGAUGAAGACCCUCAUGACCAUCUGUCCCGGCACCGUGCUGCUAGUGUUCACCAUCUCGCUGUGGAUCAUCGCUGCAUGGACUGUCAGAGCCUGCGAGAGGUACCAUGACAACCAGGACAUAACCAGCAACUUUCUAGGAGCCAUGUGGUUGAUCUCAAUCACGUUUCUUACCAUUGGAUAUGGGGAUAUGGUCCCAAACACAUACUGUGGGAAAGGUGUCUGCCUCCUGACUGGCAUCAUGGGUGCUGGCUGCACUGCCUUGGUGGUGGCUGUGGUGGCAAAGAAACUGGAAUUAACCAAAGCUGAAAAACAUGUCCACAAUUUUAUGAUGGACACCCAGCUAACAAAAAGAGUGAAAAACACAGCUGCGAAUGUUCUCAGGGAGACGUGGCUCAUCUAUAAAAACACCAAACUGGUGAGGAAGAUGGACCACGCCAAAGUCAGGAAGCACCAGAGGAAAUUUCUCCAAGCCAUUCACCAAGCUCGAAAAUUGAGAAGUGUUAAAAUGGAGCAACGCAAGCUGAAUGACCAAGCAAACUCACUAGUGGACCUUGCAAAGACUCAGAACAUCAUGUAUGACAUGAUAUCAGACUUGAACGAGCGAGGCGAGGACAUGGAAAAGAGGAUCGCCCUCCUCGAGACAAAGCUGGAGACUCUUCUGAGUAACUUGCAGGCUCUGCCGGGACUCAUCAGUCAGGUGAUCAGCCAGCAGCACAGGGACUUCCUGGAGGUGCAGCUCCAGCCUUAUGACAAACACAGCCCUGAGCGCUCACAGUCAGUGUCCCGGCGGAGGUCGUCCUCCACGGCACCGCCUACAUCCUCCGAGAGCAGCUAGAGCCCACGGGGAACGCCUCCACUGAAGACUUUUGCCAUCAUAUGGCCAAGUUGCAUUUAUUGUAAAGCCUUAUGGUUUCAAUAAGUAUUAUCCAAAAUUCUGAUGACAGAAUCCUAGAUACUGGGGACAAUGCAUUUUAAAGGAUAACUUCAUGCUGUUAUUUGUUUUUUAUUACCUCAAAAGGUGGUGUUAUCCUUGCUCUGGUGACAUGACCACAAAUAAUGGCGCUUCCCUCAGUACAAACUAAAAGGCCUAUCGAUGGGGGUACGACCUGAGCUCUACUCCAUCUCUAUGCAGAGAUAGCCAG